AAUAACCACACCCGCUACCACAGGAAACACGACCCAUUCUCGCUCUCUCUCUCCGUCGACUCCCCCCCACCCCCAAUCCGCCGCUCCGCACGCGCUUCUCGCCUCCGCCAUGUCUGGCCUCCUCCGGUGGAGGCGCCUCGCCGCCGCAGCCACGCGCGCCGCCUCCACCCUGACCGCAGCCGAAUGCUCCCCUGCCAUCGCGGCGGUCCCGCCACCGCACCGGCUCCUCCAGGAUCGGCGCAAGUGGGAGGGCCCCUCGUCCUCCUCCGGGGGCGGCUCCUCCUCGUCCUCCUCUAACGACGAGCCGGAGCCGCGGCGCAUCCGCGCGGAGGCCCACUGUCCGCGCUGCUCCAAGCACAUGGACAUCCUCUUCUCCCACCGCGCCGCUCCCCGCUCAGCCCCCGCCGCUGCCGGCGGCUAUCAGACGCUCAACCUCUGUCCCAACUGCCGCACCGCCUACUUCUUCCAUCCCAACCACCUCGAGCCACUUCAGGGCACCUUCGUCGAGAUCGGCCGUGUCCGGGCUGACCUGCCCCCGGACGGUGUCAGGGACCCGUCCUCCUGGAAAGCCAUCCGUGCGAGUUCGUCUUCGCGCGACGAUGGGGAUGGUAGUGGCGUGGCCGUGCAUGUGCCGCCCGGGCCACCGUUCCACCCUAGCCUUAACGUAGUCCGCGUAGCCGGAGGCGGUGGCGGGGGAGGAGCUGCUGGCGGUGGGGCCGAGGAGGGAGGGGGAAAGGACGGAUGGGGCGGGUCGAACCUUGGGAAGGAUUUUCCGACGCCUAAGGAGAUUUCGAAGGGCCUCGAUAAGUAUGUGAUUGGGCAAGACCGAGCCAAGAAGGUGCUAUCUGUUGCAGUGUACAACCACUAUAAACGUAUAUACCAUCAGUCUCUACAGAAAGGGUCUGGAGCAGAUUUGGGUUGUUCUGAUGGAGAAGCUGAUGGUGAAGACAAUGUUGAACUAGAGAAAAGCAAUAUACUGUUAAUGGGGCCUACUGGUUCAGGAAAAACUUUGCUUGCAAAGACAUUAGCUCGGUUUGUGAAUGUGCCAUUUGUAAUUGCUGAUGCAACAACAUUGACCCAGGCAGGGUAUGUAGGAGAAGAUGUAGAAUCUAUAUUGUACAAGUUACUUUCGGUGGCAGAUUUUAACGUGCAAGCAGCACAACAAGGGAUGGUGUACAUUGAUGAAGUUGAUAAGAUCACUAAGAAGGCUGAGAGCCUUAACAUUAGUAGAGAUGUAUCAGGCGAAGGUGUUCAGCAGGCUUUGUUGAAAAUGCUGGAAGGCACGAUAGUCAAUGUCCCUGAGAAAGGAGCAAGGAAGCAUCCUCGUGGUGAUAAUAUACAGAUAGAUACAAAGGAUAUUCUGUUUAUAUGCGGGGGUGCUUUUAUUGACUUGGAGAAAACUAUAUCAGAGAGGCGGCAGGAUUCUUCUAUUGGAUUUGGGGCACCUGUCCGUGCAAGCAUGAGGACUAGUGGUAUUUCAAGUGCUCAAGUGACGUCGUCCUUGUUAGAAUCAGUUGAGAGUGGUGAUCUUAUAGCAUAUGGACUCAUUCCGGAGUUCAUUGGACGUUUUCCUAUCCUUGUCAGCUUGUCAGCACUAAAUGAGGACCAACUUGUUCAGGUUCUCACAGAGCCAAAGAAUGCUCUAGGUAAACAAUUCAAGAAAUUGUUCAGCAUGAAUAAUGUUAAGCUUCACUUCACGGAUGCUGCACUAAGAAUAAUUGCCCAGAAGGCAAUGUGCAAAAAUACAGGUGCACGGGGCUUAAGGACUAUCCUUGAGAAUAUUCUCAUGGAUUCCAUGUAUGAGAUUCCAGAUACAAAAUCUGGAGAGAAGCGGAUUGACGCGGUGGUUGUAGAUGAAGGUGCAGUAGGAUUGGUGGACCAACCUGGCUGUGGAGCUAAAAUCCUUUAUGGCGAUGGUGCAUUUGAUCGUUAUCUAUCUCAGAUAAAGGUAAUGGGAGACGGAGCAGGAAGUGAAGUGGACGGGGAUCCUGACCUUUCUUCGUCAAGAGCCAUGAGCAUGUGAUUUCAUGGUUCCUCUAGCUAUAUUGUAAACUGUAAAAUCUGAUCCUAGCUGUACUAAUGUAAAGAAAGAAAAAAAACAUGUGCAGUAUCCAUUGCUAAUUCAAACCCCAGCUGUCUGGCCGUCCUCACGCCUUCAAUAAUCUAUAGCAGGAUUGGAAAGUGUAUAGUGGAGCAAGUUGGGUGUCCGACGUGUGCGUGAAGGUGAGACUUUUUUUAUAAAACUUGAAACACUGAAAUGAAGGGGGUGAAAUUUAUCAUGGAGA